CUCCUCUUCUUCACCGGCUCUUACCGGAAACAACAAUAGCUUUAAUACAAGUAGUGUUAGUAACCCUAAUUACCACAAUCAUCAUCACCAGACUCUAAACAGAGCAAGAUUCAUGCCAAGAUUCCCAGCUAAGCGAAGCAUGAGAGCUCCUAGGAUGCGAUGGACCACCACUCUUCAUGCCCGGUUCGUUCACGCCGUUGAAUUACUCGGUGGCCAUGAAAGAGCAACACCCAAAUCAGUUCUUGAGCUCAUGGAUGUCAAAGAUCUAACCUUGGCUCAUGUUAAGUCCCAUUUACAGAUGUACAGAACAGUGAAGACAACCGACAAAGCAGCAGCUUCGUCAGGACAAUCUGAUGUCUAUGAAAAUGGAUCUUCAGGAGAUAAUAACUCAGACGAUUGGAUGUUCGAUAUGAAUCGAAAAUCUAGAGAUAGCGAGGAAUUGACGAAUCCUCUUGAGAAAUCAAAUGGUCUAUGGACCAAUUCUUCCGGAGAAGCACGUUUGCAUGGGAAGCUAAUCGAUAAUGUUGCAGAAAUUAUGCUACCUUCUGAGAAGGAACUAGAUGGAAAGUGCUCAAGUUAUGAGAGAAUAUCCUCAGAAGAGAUGAGCUCAUCAAGCAUCUCGGGAACAAGCCCAUUCAAGCCAAAUCUUGAGUUUACUCUGGGUCGAUCUCACUAAAUUUAUUGUUAUAGCUAGCUAGUAAUUAAUUAGUAUCAAUUAACUUAUAUUUUGGCUAAUGACUAGUUUCGAUAUUCAUAUCAAUUGAAUAAGUGUUUUUUUUUUUAAAGCUUCUCAGUGUCCUCUCGGAAGGUUGACAAACACUGUUCUUUUUCCUUCUCUAUUGUGAAGAGCUAGUGAAAGAAUCAACUACUAGAGGCACAAUAAAUGUUCUGUUUCUUU